AUGGCGCCGGACAGAGGCUCAACCUCGCUUGAGAGAGCGCGCGAGAACGAUGCAACGAUGGGCGCGAACCGCGACAACAACCUCGAGCACGAGACCAGUCGAAGCAUUCUCGAAGAACCAAUCGGCCAGGAGCCAGAUGCUGCAUUCCUGGCGAAGAGGAGCGAGCAGCCGCAGUUCACAUUACGAGCGCUGUUAACGGGCAUUAUGAUUGGCAUAUUGAUUGCAUUCUCGAACACGUACUUUGGGCUGCAGACUGGCUGGAUAUCUGGGAUGGCCAUGCCUAGUGCAUUGAUAGGUUUCGCAUACUUCAAGGGCCUGCGGGAACUUGCCAACCAUCUCGGUGGCCCUAUGAAGAGAUUUGGAUUUGGAGAAGGAUUCAGUGAGGUGGAGAAUGUGCUCGUGCAGACCGUCGCGGGAUCAGUGGGGACAAUGCCGUUGGGCUGUGGUUUCGUAGGAGUUGUGCCCGCGCUUGAGUUCUUGCUGAAGCCGUCAGAGACGCCUGAAAUCAGCUACAGCGAUCCUGCUCAGAUAUCGACGUUGGCAGAGGAAGAGCUGUCUGGUAUACAUCUGCCUAUUGGGAAGUUGAUCCUGUGGGCAUUGGGUCUAUGUUUCUUCGGUGUCGUGUUCGCUGUGCCAUUACGGAAAGAGGUCAUCAUACGCGAGAAGCUCAAGUUCCCGAGUGGUACAGCCACGGCGCUCAUGAUUGGCGUCCUUCAUGGUGGGCAGAAGACUGGAGCAGAAGGGAACAUUGAACAACAAACAGCGCGCCAACGAAAGCGCACGAAUAAUGGCGCGGAUGAAGAGAGCCGCGGACUGCUCAGUGAUACGGCUCCAGGCGCAGGACAGAACGACUGGCCUGAAGAAGAGCCACUCGGGAGACGUGACAGCCGCAGCGAAGCAGCGAAGAAAGACUGGAGAAACCAGAUCCGACUCUUGACAACUUCCUUCGGUAUUUCCGGGGGAUACACGCUCCUCUCGUACUUCCUUCCGCAGCUACAUUCUGUACCAUUCCUAGGACUGCACAUGUCAAAGGUUUGGCAGUGGAACCUGAAUCCCAGUCCUGCGUAUGUCGGGCAAGGCAUCAUCAUGGGUCCAGCCACCACAAUCCAUAUGUUGUUAGGAGCCCUCAUCGGCUGGGCGGUUCUUUCACCGAUCGCCAAAGACCAAGGCUGGGCUCCUGGGCCGGUGUCUGAUUGGAACACAGGCUCGAAAGGCUGGAUUGUUUGGGUCAGCCUAGCCAUCAUGUUGGCAGACGCUGUCGUGAGCCUCGGUUGGCUGAUUUUGAGACCGACUAUCACCUAUGGUCGCAUCUAUGGUCCAGGGCUCGUCAAGGGGAUUAAGCGGAAAGGUCUGACACGAUAUGUGCAAGAUGUGACCAGACCUGUCAUACGUGGCUAUAGUCCGGUCAACCUGGACGAGCCUGAUGGAUCAGAAUCACCCGACUCGCUUCGAAGAAUGGGAUCCCAGGCAAUCGAAGAUGAUGCAGAGUAUGAUGCGCCUCCAGAGCAUCAAAUCGGCUUCAAGACAACCCUCGUCGGCCUCGUACUGACCUUAGUUUUUUGCAUCUUCGCAGUGCAAUACUCGUUCGCGGGUAUCAUCAGCAUCGGUCUCACCAUCCUUGCCCUCGUCCUGGCAUUGCUCCUGAGCAUCAUGGGCGUACGUGCACUUGGAGAGACAGAUCUCAACCCAGUGAGCGGCAUCAGCAAGCUCACUCAGCUCAUCUUCGCAGCUGUAGUGCCGGCGGGCAGCAAGAAUGCCGUAACGAUCAACCUCAUUGCAGGUGGCAUCAGCGAAGCAGGAGCUCUGCAAGCCGGCGAUCUGCUGCAAGACCUCAAAUGUGGACAUCUUCUGGGCGCAAGUCCCAAAGCACAAUUCUGGGGACAGCUUAUUGGAUCUGCCAUCGGCGCAGUCGUCAGUGCUUGCGUGUAUAGACUAUACACGAACGUCUAUGAAAUCCCUGGAGGUCUCUUCCAAGUCCCGACAGGCUUCGUGUGGGUUUUCACUGCACGCCUGGUCACUGGACAAGGCCUGCCUCCCAAAACGGCAGAGUUUGCGGCUGGUGCUGCGGUCAUCUUCGCACUUUUGACUGCACUGCGCAUAUACGGGAACAGCAAGAAGGCGAAGUGGGUGCCUUACGUGCCUGGCGGAAUAGCCGUGGCAGUCGGCAUGUACAACACGCCGUCGUUCACUCUCGCACGUACCAUUGGCGGACUCAUGGCAUGGUACUGGACGGGCUGGAAGAAACGCGAGGAAACCCCAUUGAUUGUACUCGCUUCUGGUUUGAUCUUGGGCGAAGGACUGCUCAGCAUAGUGAAUUUGGGGCUGGCGAGUGCGAAAGUGCCGCAUUUAUGA